GGGAUUCUUAGCCCUGCGCGCCCCCCGAGUUCAUGUCUACUGGGCUGAGUCCGGCCGGCGCCAGCGCUGACACGGGGCUGCGGGAUGGUACAGACAAGGCCGGGAGCAGCGGAGCUCGCCCUCGCCCUCUGAGCGGGAGCCUUGCCCCGCAUCCUCUGCUGCGAGCAGCCACCUAUCACCCCCAGCCCUGCGGGGAGCUCUGCAGACUCUGGGAAUUUGCUUCCCUGCCCUGGGAGGAGAUCGGUGUGCUGCCCGCUCCUGCCCCGCGGAGAGAAGGACCUGGUGACUGUGGCUCCCCUCGCCCUUGUUCCUGGCGCCGGGUCAGCGAUCGCCGCCGCGGCAGCAGCGACCAGCCCCCGCCGCCGGUCACGCCUGGUCGGGGGGCGGGCAGGGGAGCCAGGGCGCCGGGAUGGAGGUGGCCACGGACCAGCCGCGCUGGAUGGCCCACCACGCCGUGCUCAACGGGCAGCACCCGGACACGCACCACCCCGGCCUGGCGCACAACUACAUGGAGCCGGCGCAGCUGCUGCCCCCGGACGAGGUGGACGUCUUCUUCAACCACCUGGACUCGCAGGGCAACCCCUACUACCCCAACUCGGCCCACGCCCGCGCCCGGGUCUCCUACAGCCAGGCGCACGCGCGCCUGACCGGCGGGCAGAUGUGCCGGCCUCACCUGCUGCACAGCCCCGGCAUCCCCUGGCUGGACAGCGGCAAAGCGGCGCUCUCGGCCGCGCACCACCACAACCCCUGGACCGUGGGCCCCUUCGGCAAGGCGCCGCUGCACCCGUCGGCCGCCGGCGCGCCCGGGGCCAUCUCGGUGUACCCGGGCAGCAGCUCGGCCAGCACCGCCUCGGUGUCGUCGCUCACGCCCGCCUCGCACUCGGGCUCGCACCUCUUCGGCUUCCCGCCCACCCCGCCCAAGGAGGUGUCCCCGGACCCCAGCUCCACCAGCGCCGCCUCGCCCUCCUCGUCCUCGGCCGGCGCCCGGCAGGAGGAGAAGGACAGCAUCAAGUACCAGGUGUCCCUGGCGGACGGCAUGAAGAUGGAGAGCGCCAGCCCGCUGCGGAGCAGCCUGAGCUCCAUGGGGGCGCAGCCCUCCACCCACCACCCCAUCCCCACCUACCCGUCCUACGUGCCCGCCGCCCACGACUACAGCAGCAGCCUCUUCCACCCCGGCGGCUUCCUGGGCGGCCCGGCCUCCAGCUUCACCCCCAAGCAGAGGAGCAAGGCGAGGUCGUGCUCAGAAAGAAAUCCGGUUUCUUCGUGUUUCCAUUUAGAAGGCAGAGAGUGUGUGAACUGUGGAGCUACUGCCACCCCUCUCUGGAGAAGAGACGGCACUGGGCAUUACCUGUGUAACGCCUGCGGGCUCUACCACAAAAUGAACGGUCAAAACCGACCUCUUAUUAAACCUAAACGAAGACUGUCAGCAGCUAGGAGAGCAGGGACCUGUUGUGCCAACUGCCAGACAACCACUACCACCUUAUGGCGACGUAAUGCAAAUGGGGACCCAGUAUGUAAUGCCUGUGGACUUUACUAUAAAUUGCACAAUGUGAACAGGCCUCUGACCAUGAAAAAGGAAGGAAUUCAGACCAGGAAUAGGAAAAUGUCCAACAAAUCAAAGAAAAGCAAGAAAGGCUCAGAGUGUUUUGAGGAACUGUCCAAGUGCAUGCAAGAGAAAUCGUCUCCAUUCAGCGCUGCUGCCCUUGCCAGUCACAUGGCUCCAAUGGGGCAUUUGCCACCUUUUAGCCACUCUGGACACAUCUUACCGACCCCUACCCCCAUCCACCCAUCUUCCAGCAUCUCAUUUGGACAUCCACAUCCAUCCAGCAUGGUUACAGCUAUGGGAUAGAAUCUGAAGACCAAGAGACCCGCACAGAGAUUAAGAACAUGGGGCUUUGCCUAAGAUGACAAAAUGUAAGAAAAGAUUCUGCCAAGAGGAGAAUGUAGGGAAGAAAAAAGGAAGGAAAAAAGGGAUCUUGCUCCAGUGUGGUUCAAUUCUUAGCGCUGGACUAAAAACUUUGCAAUUAUGGGUCUUCUGCAGAAACGCUUAAUGGUGCCUAUAUGCACUUUGCCCCCUCAGGUAUAAGGAAAAAGAAGAACUCACCUGUUUGAUACCUACUGGUCCAGCGAAAAACGAAAGGUGGCAGAAGCAGCAGAAGAAAGAAGCUGGAACUGGCUCUCCUUUCUCUCUUUGUUAUUACUGUGAAUAUUGUAAAGAAAUUAACAGCCUCCAUGGCGGAAGAGAGGCUGGUAGCCACCCAUGCUGGAUUUCUAUCAUGGACUUUGUUUGGGGGAGGGAAAAACAAAGGACAACUUUAUAGAAGCUUAAUUUUUAACAAGGAAUCAGACACAGAAAGUUAUUAUUUAUUUUGCUCCUGUUUUCCUCUGAGAGCCUCAAAUCUUCUGACUUGCAUGUUUUUGUGCUUUUUCUUUUUCUGUUUGUUAUUUGUUUUUUGUUUUUUUAUGAAUGUCUGCCCUGCUCGAAAACAGUUUCAUAACAGGAAAAGCACAGUGCUAAACAACUAUCCCUUGACUCUCCUUCAUCGGUUUUACAUACAGAAAAUAUCUGCUAGGUAAAGGAUACAAGAGAAGAAAACAAAGCAAAAAUGUAGCUGUGAUAGGCGAUUUGUAAUGAGCCCAAGAUGCAGAUUAUUUUGACAUCAUUCUUGCAUUUUUUUUCCUUAACAUAAAAGAUUUUAUUUUUAAAAAGUUAUCCCCAAACUAGGCAACUCAAUAGGAUAAAUCACUGAAAAAUACAGUUGUAGGAAACAAUCUUGCACUGGCUGGGACUGAGCGACAGGGGCUCUUAUGAACCUGUCCCAUCUAACUUCUAAAAGUCUGUCAGCAACCGCAAAAACCAGCAUAGGGCAGAAAAAUAUCCCAUUCAAAAACUCUUGAGGUUGAAGCAUUUUGAUUUUGUUCUGUUGGCAGCUGUCAAUUUAAGAUGUAGACUAGCUGCCUGUGGUAUACUCACCAUAAUCUGGCUACAAAGUCCAUGAGAAGCCGGAGCGCAAGCUGUCUGUGGGCAUGCCAGCCCCUCAGCGGACUUCACAUUCGGGAGUGAGGAAGGGCAGAAGUUUUAGGUUAAGAUCACUGGAGGGGAGAAAGAGAGAGACAAUCAGUUUCAGCUUCACACAUCCUUCAAAUCCCAGCCGCUGUAACAGCUGAUGAGGUGAAGGGACGGUGACGUUCUAAGGGGAACGACUGUUUUCCGGAGCACAUUUUAUAUUUAAAAAAAAUAAUUAAAAAAAAAAUUAAAAUGUCCCAUUAUUAAACCAUAUUGUAUGUAAACAACUGAAAACAAAGCUAUUGCCAAUGUGAAGUGUAUUCUAUUGAUUGUUAUGAUCUGAUGCCUCUCAUGAACACAAACUCCAGUAUAACAUACGAUGUACAUAUUUAGCUAUACUUCUGAUGAAAAUGCCCCAAUGAGCAGAGGGGUUUGAUAAUGUAAACCACGUAAGCUUAACUCUGUGACAAGCUUUUUUUUUUUUUUUAACUUUAACUUUUUUUUCAUCACGCCAAUUGUAUUUUACUGCAAAAGUCCUGCUUUAAAGAAACAUACAAAAUGGAUGUACAUUUUUUUUUCUAAAUAUAUAAUUCAAAUAUUUGAUAAUGAACUAAGGACCAAGCUGCCAUGGAUAUCCUGCUUUCCUCCUCCUUCUGGUCUCUGUAGGCAUAUAGCUGCACUUUGUAAAGAAGUGGAAAUAAAUGAAUGGGAAAAAAUUGUUGGGAGAAACAGUAAGAAUUUUUAAUCUACUGAGUCAAAAUUUGGUCCUUUUAACUUUUUGUCUUUUACUAUGGUACAGCUGUACAUUAUUUGUACCCAGCUCAAAUUUCUGUAGGUUUUGAGGGGGGAGGGAAGGGUUCUGGGGCAGAAGAAGGGUUACUGAUAUACUGUUGACAAAGUGCAAUAUAUUGUCAGUCACUGCAGCAUAGACAACAGCAGUCAAGAUUUAAAUUAUUUUUACCUGUAUCAGCAUAAAAAUUCUGCAGUAUUUUCUGGUUUUAUUUUUAUUUUUUUUAAUUUUGCUUAUUUUUGAAUUAGUGAACUAAGUUAUUGUUAAUUAUGUACAACAUGUUUAUAUAUUGUCUGUAAAAAGUGUAUGCUUUACUCAUAUUCCUUCAAGGUGAAUCCUGCUAAGAAUAAUAAAAUACCUUUUUGUGAAAGUAA